GAUGGUGGCGCCACAGAGGGUCUCCAACCCGGCAGCUUGGGCUCCGACCCAACGAACUCCGAAAGUGCAGCCUCUGCGGGCCCGGAUACAGGCUCCGCAAACUUGAGCCAUGGUGCAGUCAUCGCCAUCGCAGUUGUGGUUAGUGUUACAGUCGUCCUCGGCACGACCACCGCUGUUCUAUUCUUCCUUGCCAAAAAGAGACAAUGGAAGAUCAAGGAGGGUCUUCGUCGGUCAGCACGCAGGGUCACAAGUGCAGUUAAAGCCGUAGCGACACCGCUCACCCCGAAGAAAAUGACCUUCUCCCCACUGGAGAAGAAGAUGCACGAUGCCGAAACCAAUAGCAAAUUGAAGAAAGCCAAUUCACAGCACCGCGCUGAGCGUAUGAAAAAGCAGCCCAAUCGUCAGACUCGAGACGUCGAAAAAGGUCUUCCAGAUGUGGCGGUGAAGGUCGAAAGGACCUCAGACGAGUCUUCGAAGACCCCCUUGCCUAGGAGAGAGAGCAAGUCGAGGCCCCGCCCACCCAAUGUCAAGAUCCCAUCCUCAGCCUUUGAAAUGGAUAGCCCAAAGACACCUGUAUGGAAGAAGGUAUUUGGGCGGUAA